AUAUAGGUAUCAUGUUAGCAAUUCUGUAGUAUUAUAUAAAGAUCACUGCUUUGAUGGUGCUUAAUCUUAUAUCACUUCUGUUUAUUUCUUCUAUAAAACCCUGUGAAAGACAUAUUAACCCUUUGUUCCAGUCUAGCAAUUUGCUACACAGAUUUUUCAAGUAUUUCUAGAUUGGCAACAAAUUAUUGUGACACAUCAUUUUAGUAGUUAAGUAGGCUGCCCUCACACAGAAUUGAUAAUCUCUUACAAUAUUUUUUGAAAGAAAGUAGAUCUCACAUGUCGAAAUGAUAUAAUCAGCACAACCUGAUCAUUUUAUGGCUCUGUGGCGAUAUUUAACGUAUAUAUCUUCACUUCUUAGUGCUUGGAUGAUGAAGUUGAGGCUUAGUCAAGCAGUCGACUGUAGUUGUGCUGGUGCAAUGAGAUCUUUUAAAGAAAGCCAAAGAGUAAGAAAAAAAGGAUUUUCUUUAAUUGGUCAACUUAUCCUAAAGGCUGCAGCAAGCAGUGGUAGAAGCAAAGUUGGAAUUUACCUUAGGUGUCAGAACUGUACUAUUGUUUUGGUAGAAGAUACUUAUUACUCUCAUGUGCUAGCUUUAUAAGAGUAGUACUCUUAGCUAGGUCGGUUUGAGCAAGUCCUAUAUAAGGACGUGCACCUCAUGGAUGUUUACAAGCAUUGGUUGCCAAGGAAAAGAUAGGGCAUCUGUUGCCCAGAACAAGAACUCCCUUAUGUUGUGUGUGUGUGUGUGUCCAGCAAGGAGGAGGAGAUGUUUAGGCCAACACAUUAUCUAUUAGAAUUAGAUUAGGUCUUACAAUCAGUAGUUUCCUUUUUUCUGCAGUUGUAGAGUUGUCGUAGUUUUCUUUGGUGAGGAAAUACCUUCUUGACAGUUUUAUAGUAAUAUAUUUGUAUCUUUCUUUAUAGUAUAUUUUUAAUACUUUUACUCCCUGUAGCUUCAGUGACAAUUCUGCUAGAAACUUUUAUUGUUUAUUUGUGUCUGACAGUGUCAAAUUAAUGUAUCAAUAGCCAAAAUGCUGUCUCAGAGCGAGCAGUCCAUGUCAUGCUGUCCUUUUCAGUGCUAUAUAUUUUUAGGUUUGGACACCUGCAAUCCAGCUCCGACCCAGCAAAAUAGGCCAAAUGUUCGAAGCCAAAAGCAAGCUUGACUUCUGAGUCCAUGAGGGUUUUCCAGCUAGCUGGACUACUUUUUAAAUGUGAGAAGCACCCUGGCCUGAAUCUCUCAUACCCUGAUGAAAUUUUCCUAUAUCCCAAACCAUGUGGAGCUUCAGGGAAGCGGAGUAAACUAGGAACAACCGAACAAGCUUUGCUUCAUCACGGCCGGCCUUGCCUGGCAAUUGGCAUCUUAGCCUUCUUGGAAGUACCGCACCGUACAAAUAUACCUGGAGCGCCAGAAGCCAAAUUCUGGAGCGCCAGAUAAAUUACCCUCUGCAACCGAAUCCCAGUUGCCUCUCCAGUUGCUAGUUCCCCAUGGCCAGACAUUCCUUGUUCUUCUUCUUCUUCUUCCUCGCCUUGUUUCUGCAGCACCUCCACAUUAGUGUAGGUUUACCUGGAAGGAGUUUAGCAGCAGCAACAGAGCAAUGGCAGCCCAUGCAGUGCGACGCUGCGUCGCUCAACCCAUCAUCGUGCAGCUCGUACCUUUAUGUGACUCCUCAAGGGCGCAGCCUGUCCGAGAUAGCCUCCCUCUUCAAUGGCAGCGCAUCUCUCACCCAGCCCAUCAAGCGGCGCUCUGGUUCAGAGGACUUGCUGGUCCGUGUGCCGUGCGUGUGUGGUGCAAUCAAUGACACCAUGAGCGGUCUCUUCCAUGAUACUGCAUACAAGGUUAGUCCAGGCGACACGGCUGACAGCAUCAACGGUAACUUCAGUAGGCUUGCGUGGAACAUUGUUGCUGCAGCAAACAAGACAAUCACGGUUCAUCUUCUAUGUGGCUGUUCCUCCACGGCACCGGAGGGGGUGGUUUCUUACACAGUCCAGCCUAAAGAUACACUGAGCAACAUCGCAACCUUGUUCAGAUCAGGCUCGAGGGAGAUCCUAAGCUUGAAUGCGGGGGUCACGGAUCCUGAUUUUCUUAAGGAAGGUUGGAUCUUGCUCAUCCCGAUGGGAGUUGCUAGUUCUUCUAAAAGAAAGUUUGGCGGUUUACCGAUCAUAAUCACAGUAUCAAUAUCAGCUGCAAUUAUGCUCCUUUUCGCCCUCACCAUUGUACUUCGCCUGAGAAGGAGAUCUCUGGUGCCCAAUGUUGAAGUGCCAAAGAAAGAGAUGGAGAGAGUUCCCAGCAACACAAGCAUAGCUAUCCUAGAGAGCCGUUACUUUCCAUCCAAGAGGAUUGAUGAUAUUGAUCCAUUCCAAACGGAGAGGCCUGUGAUUUUCAGCCUGAAAGCGGUUGGAGAGGCCACAGCUAACUUUGAUGAGAAGAGGAAGAUUGGUGAGGGUGGAUAUGGCAUGGUCUACCUAGGUUUCAUCGGAACACAUGAGAUUGCAGUUAAGAUGAUGAAAGACAGCAAAUCAAAGGAGUUCUUUGCUGAGCUGAAAGUGCUGUGCAAAGUACAUCACAUAAAUGUGGUUGAGUUGAUUGGCUAUGCUUCUGGGGAGGACCACCUGUACCUUGUUUACGAGUAUGUUCAGAAUGGAUCACUGAGUGAGCAUCUCCAUGAUCCUUUGCUGAAAGGUCAUCAACCUCUCUCGUGGACUGCAAGAACGCAGAUAGCAACGGAUGCUGCACGCGGUAUCGAGUACAUCCAUGACCAUACAAAGGCCUGCUAUGUGCACCGUGACAUCAAAACCAGCAAUAUUCUGCUAGAUGAGGGACUAAGAGCUAAAGUUGCGGAUUUUGGGCUGGUAAAGCUAGUUGAGCGCAGUGAUGAACAAGAUUGCCUGGCAACUCGUUUGGUUGGAACGCCAGGCUACCUUCCACCAGAGUCAGUCCGUGAGCUUCACAUGACCACGAAGUCUGACGUCUAUGCGUUUGGAGUAGUUCUUGCAGAGCUGAUCACCGGUCUCCGUGCACUUGUGCGGGACAAUAAGGAAGCUAAUAAGACAAAGUCACUUAUCUCAACUAUGAGGAAAGCAUUCAAAUCAGAAGAUGUGGAGAGCUCACUGGAGGGAAUCAUAGAUCCCUCCUUGAAGGAUAACUACCCCAUAGAAGAAGUGUGUAAGCUGGUAAACAUUUCGAUGUGGUGCUUGAGUGAGGAUCCGUUGGACAGGCCUGAGAUGAGGGAGAUUAUGCCAAUGCUGUCUCGAAUUCAUUUGACCUCCAUAGAGUGGGAAGCGUCGCUCGGAGGUGACGCCGAAGUCUUUAGUGGUGUUUUCAAUGGUAGAUGAUCAAAUGGCAUGUAUGCUAUUAUGUACAGUAGAUACGAAAAGUGUGCCCCUGUUGAUUUUUGUUGGACGAGAAUGGUUCUUGGUUUGCAGUUUCUGAUAUAUUUUUACUUGCGACCAUGUCUUUGCAAGAGUUUUA